GUGUCCACUUUUUUGAACUACUGCGCAUGCGGGAAAUACUUCGAGCUCACAGUCGGCGAAAUUAAUCUUCCAGAUUCGGUCGUGAUAGUUUGUGUCGUGUACUUCAAUUAAAUUAAUAUAAUCAUUGUUUUCGUGUUUAAAUUUUGUUGCAAUGUCUGCGAGUGGAGCAACUCCAAAAAAGAUGAAGAAAGUGGAUGUUGGAGACAAUGAUGAAAGUAGAGAUUAUGAUGCAGAAACACAGAAAGCAUUAGAAGAAAUCGACGCUUGUCAGAAUGAUAUCGACGCUUUGAAUGAAAAAGCCAGUGAAGAAAUCCUGAAAGUUGAACAGAAAUAUAACAAAUUAAGGAAGCCUUUCUUUGAAAAGCGAAAUGAGCUGAUCAGAAAAAUCCCAAACUUUUGGGUGACCGCUUUUGUAAAUCAUCCACAAAUCUCAGCCAUUUUGGAUGAGGAAGAAGAAGAGUGUCUUCAUUUCUUAACCAAGCUUGAAGUUGAAGAAUUUGAAGAUAUCAAAUCAGGAUAUAGAAUUAAAUUCUAUUUCGAUGAGAAUCCCUAUUUUGAAAAUGAUGUCAUUGUCAAAGAAUUCCACCUCGGUUCAUCAGGUGAUCCUGCAUCUCAGUCUACGAUCAUAAAAUGGAAGGAUGGAAUGGACCUAACAAAAAAACAUAAAGACAGACAAGCACAGUUAAAAAAUAGCCGAAAAAGGGCGCAUGAACAGCCAAGGACAUUUUUCACAUGGUAUGCUGAUCAUGGUGACGCUUCUGCAGAUGAUAUAGCUGAGGUAAUUAAAGAUGACAUGUGGCCAAACCCUCUGCAAUACUUUUUAGUUCCAGAUAUUGAAGUAGAGAAUGGAUUAGAGGGUGAAGAUGAGGAAAGUGAGGAUGAUGAAGUUGAUGACUCAGUCGUAGUAGUUGAGGAAGAAGGUGAUGGAGAAGAUGAGGAGGAUGAAGGAGAAGAGGAAGAAGUGGAUGAAGAAGAAGUUUAUGAAGAGGGAGAAGAGGAAGGAGGAGAAGGACUUGAAGAGGGUGAAGGUGAAAUAGAACCAGAUGGUGGAGACGGAGAAGAAUAGAAGAAGAAAAUGAUUGUACAGUUGCCACCACACAGCACUGUUCAUCACAUUUUGUAGUCUUGGGGCCACACAAGUUUUUUGUUCAUCUUUUUCCUCAAUUAACAUAUUAGGCUGGGAUAAAACUAUUUCAAAAUUAUAAUCUUAAUAUCGAUUUCCACUAUUUAAUUGAUUAUUUUUCAAAUUAGGAGUUUUCAAUCAUUAAUUCCAAAUUUUAUCUUACGACAUUUAACUAUAAUACAUAGUUUCCUUCGUAGCUGAUAAAUCCCUGUUAAAAUUUUGAUUUAAAAUUGUUUCUGGGGUUAUGAAAUUAUUAAACCUUUUUUUUCCCCCCUUCAUGCAUGGAGAAUUUUACAAUAGUUUGACACUAUUCAUCAUUCAAAGGCACUCAACAUGUAAAUAUUUUAAGUGAUCUACCAAAGUAUCGACUAUUAGUGCCCGGUUCGUUAACCACUUUUUUGGGUGUUCAUAAAUUCAUGUCCAAAUGUUAAUUCCCAUCAAAAAUAUCUUUUUUGAAACAUAAAUACAGAGUUUUAGCUAUU